AUGCCAUCGCGUCGCUCGCGUUCAAGGUCCAGGUCUCGCUCAAGAAACCGCUCAGAAUCACCAGAAAGGCGCUACGAACUUCCGAAAGGCGUCUCAACGAUCAGCGAGUCGGAUUACUUUCAGAAGAGCGACGAAUUUAGGCUAUGGUUGAAGGAAGAUAAACGCAAGUAUUUUGACGAGCUCUCCGGUGACAAGGCUAGAAGUUAUUUUCGCAAGUUCGUGAAGGCCUGGAACCGAGGAAAACUCUCAAAAACAUACUAUGACGGGGUAGCACCAGGCUCUCUACCUGCUACCACAAAUACAUCCUACAAAUGGUCCUUCGCCUCCAAGAGAAGUCGUGAAGACAACGAUGCCCUCCGCGCCGCCCGUGCGGAAAUCGGAGCAGCGACCUACGGGCAAGAAACCCCAUCUGCAGGCCCCAGUCGGUCAAGUGGCUCAGGCCGGGUCAUAGGUCCAGCGAUGCCCUCCGCCUCGGACCUAACACUUGCCCGCGAGCUCGACGCCGAGCGCAGGGAAGAGGAAAGAGCGCACAAGAAGAAACGUGACAAGAAGGAGGUUAAGGAGAGGGUCGAGGAUAUAGUCGGUCCUAAACCUGUCGGGCGAGAGGGGAUGCUGGAGAAGAAGAAGAUGAGGCGAGAGAACGAUAGAGCAUUUAGAGAGAAGGGCGACGAAGGGCUCGAGGUGGAUGAGUCGACACUCCUUGGUGGAGGUGACAGCUUCAGAGACCAAAUUGCACGGCGUGACAUGGCAAAAUCCCGAUACAACCAGAAGGCGGAAGAGCGGGAAACAGCCAUGCGUGAGAGGGCGACGGCGUACAAGGAGAAAGAAAAGGCGACGAUGGAUAUGUUCCAGCAGCUGGCGAAGCAACGGUUCGGAUGA